UUUGCACCAUCGCGUGACAAUGCGUGACAUCGCCUGCGGGUACUCCGGUUAGCUGGGAACCAAUCUCCCUGCUACCAGCUGACAGCAUAACAUGGUUGUAGCUGCAAGACUCCGUCGUCUUUCUUUAGGGCGAAUGUUUGGAAAUGUCGUGUGGAAUCCGGCCAGCUUUCUGCACACGUUUUUGCUUGGAACUAUUUACGUCUCGCUGGCGUGUUCCAGGACGCUGCUAACCAAACUGUCCAUCAGAGGUGGUGGAUACGAGUAUCUUCCUGUAACUGUCAACAUUUUUGCCGAGCUGUUCAAGUUACUUGUUUGCUGCAGUCUUUAUCUUCACUUAUUACUGUGCAAGGAGGGAAAGUCAGCUGGAGAGGUUGUGUCUGUUUGUGAUGUCAAUUGGCGUGAACUUCUUAAAUGGGCGGUUCCAGGACUGUUGUAUUUCUGCGACAAUCUGAUAGGAUUUUAUAUUCUGUUGCAUUUGUCUGCAGCGGUGUACACGUUGAUGCAGAACUUUGUCAUCAUAUCCACAGCCGUUCUAUUUAGGAUUAUCCUCAGGUCAGAUACCGCGUCUUAUCAUUUUAUUCGUUAUCUUACUCGUUCCAUUGGCCCAACUCAUCCCGGAAUUAGAUCACUUAAUUAACCGUGAAUGACCAUUAUGUUGAGUUACCAUUCCAAUUCUGGAAUUCGUGGAGUUCUGCUCUUGUUCGCAGAAAACUCAUCUAU